CUGUGAGGGAGAGCACUUGGCGUUUAACUUCAGAGGACGACUCAGAUUGCCCAAAACUUGGCGUCUUUGAACGGUUUCAAAUAAAUAACUCAAAGAGAGAGAGAGAGAGAGAGAGAGAGAAAGAGAGAGAAAGGAGAGAGAGAGAAGAUCGAAUGCGACCCUCUAUUCCAUUCGCUUCUUCGUCUUCCUCACCAUUACAUUAACAGUCACUGUGCCUAUCGCUCUUGGAAAUCCCACUUCGUAUUCGCUUAGAUUACCAUUCUGAGCUCCCUUUCCAGUGGCGGGGUUCGCUUAAAAAUCGAGUUUUUUCAUCUGGGUAUUCGAUUUUACCAUCUGGGUCUUUCUCUCCAUGGCGACCUCCUCAGUUGCAUCUCCUCUCUGCACGUGGCUUGUUGCGGCGGCUUGCAUGUCGUCGGUCACGUGCGACAGGGACCAUUCCUCUUCGACCCCAUCUAUGUCUCACUCGUCGAGGAGACUCAGCAAGUGGGCUCGGAGGAGGAAGCUAGUCUCGGCUCAAUGCAGUAGUGGGAGCUCUAAAUUCAACAAGAGGGGAUUUAUGAUUCCGUCCUUUUGUGGAUCCAGCAUUCAAGGUUUAAUGAGCUCUUGCCUCGCUUUUGAGCCCUGUAAUGACUACUACAACUCUAGUGGACUCUCUUCUUUAAGCUCCAAUGGAUUCUCCUCGCUCUUCAGAUCCAAAGCUGUUUCUACAACCAAUCGCAGGCAGAGGCGGAUAAACCGAGCUGCCUAUUCUGGGGAGACAGUUUCUGUAGCUGUGCAACCCACCGAGGAGGUUACUACGAAGAAGAAACCUUUUACAAAGCAGAGGCGAGUAGUUGUAACAGGGAUGGGCGUGGUGACUCCCCUAGGUCAUGAACUGGAUACCUUUUACAAUAAUUUGCUCGAGGGUGUCAGUGGCAUAAGUGAGAUAGAGACUUUUGAUUGUGCUCAAUUUCCAACGAGAAUUGCAGGAGAGAUAAAGUCAUUCUCAACUGAUGGAUGGGUUGCACCAAAACUAUCCAAGAGGAUGGAUAAAUUUAUGCUCUACAUGCUUACUGCUGGCAAGAAAGCCUUAGCUGAUGGUGGAAUUACUGAAGACAUAAUGAAUGAGUUAGACAAGACUAAAUGUGGAGUUUUGAUUGGCUCAGCAAUGGGUGGCAUGAAGGUUUUUAAUGAUGCAAUUGAAGCUCUAAGGAUUUCGUACAGGAAGAUGAAUCCUUUCUGUGUACCUUUUGCAACUACAAAUAUGGGUUCUGCCAUGCUUGCAAUGGAUCUGGGAUGGAUGGGUCCAAAUUAUUCAAUCUCUACUGCUUGUGCUACCAGCAACUUUUGUAUCUUGAAUGCAGCAAACCACAUCAUUAGAGGUGAAGCUGAUCUGAUGCUUUGUGGUGGCUCAGAUGCAGCAAUUAUACCUAUUGGCUUGGGAGGCUUUGUGGCUUGCCGAGCACUCUCACAACGUAACAGUGAUCCAACCAAAGCUUCACGUCCUUGGGACACUAACCGGGAUGGAUUUGUUAUGGGGGAAGGAUCUGGAGUUUUACUUCUUGAAGAAUUAGAGCAUGCCAAGAAGAGAGGUGCUAAAAUCUAUGCAGAAUUUCUUGGUGGAAGCUUCACAUGUGAUGCUUACCACAUGACUGAGCCACAUCCAGAUGGUGCUGGUGUUAAACUCUGCAUAGAGAAGGCUUUAACUCAGGCUGGAGUGUCUAAGGAAGAUGUAAACUACAUUAAUGCUCAUGCUACAUCAACACCAGCAGGAGACAUUAAGGAGUACAACGCUUUGGUUCAUUGUUUUGGCAAGAAUGCAGAGUUAAAGCUAAACUCAACAAAAUCCAUGAUUGGUCAUCUUCUUGGAGCUUCGGGCGCUGUGGAAGCUGUUGCAACAAUUCAGGCAAUAAAAACAGGAUGGGUUCAUCCCAAUAUCAACUUGGAAAAUCCAGAUGACGGUGUGGAUAAGAAUUUGCUAGUGGGGUCUACAAAAGAGAAGCUAGACAUUAAAGUGGCACUAUCAAAUUCGUUUGGUUUCGGGGGUCAUAACUCCUCAAUCUUGUUUGCUCCUUUUGAAUAGAACAGACCCAAUUGGGCUACCCCUACCUUGAUGUAAUCAUGCUCAAGUUCCUGAUAGAACGCAUUUGUAUCUGAUCUUCUCUUUGGUUGGAAUGGGUGCAUACUACAAUGCUAACCAAAUUUGGUUCCACAGCCACAAGGAAUAGAAGUAUCAAAGACAACCCAUGCUGAAUGGAAAUGAGAGAGAUACAGAGCUCACAAUAUUUUACCCAUUGGAACACUCUUUGCUUUCUACUGUUGUCUAAAUUUCUCUUUUCUAUUUUCAUAAAGUAGAGCCCAUACAAGGCUUGUGAUCUAAUCGAUGUUAGCUUAUAUGUUUGGACUAAGGCUAAUAUACAAUACUGGUAUUUCUUUGGUUUUUUUUGCCUCAUACAGGUAGAUGGCCGAUGAGAUUGACAACAUUUUGAGAAAAGUAGGAUAAAAAUAACUUUUUUCUUU